AGGGUCAGACGAAGUGCCGAGCACGAACAUAGCGGCGCUGCAACCUCUCCGCCCCCCACGAAGAGAGAGAAAACCAUGGCGGCGGUCGGCGGCGCGGGCAACGGAGCCGGCGACGAGGCAGGCGGGGCUGAGUUCUACCUACGGUACUACGUGGGGCACAAGGGCAAGUUCGGCCACGAGUUCCUCGAGUUCGAGUUCCGCCCCGACGGCAAGCUCCGCUACGCCAACAACUCCAACUACAAGAACGACACCAUGAUCCGCAAGGAGGUCUUCGUCUCCCCCUCCGUGCUCCGCGAGGCGAGGAGGAUCAUCCAGGACUCGGAGAUAAUGAAGGAGGACGACAGCAACUGGCCGGAGCCCGACCGCGUCGGCAGGCAGGAGCUCGAGAUUGUCAUGGGCAACGAGCACAUCUCCUUCACCACCUCCAAGAUCGGCUCCCUCGUUGACGUCCAGACCAGCAAGGACCCGGAGGGCCUCCGCAUCUUCUACUACCUCGUCCAGGACCUUAAAUGUUUCGUGUUUUCACUUAUCAACCUCCACUUUAAGAUCAAGCCUAUUCAACUUUGAGCUCUGUUUGGUUCUCCCGGUUGUAUUGUGGUUCUGCGAGUGUUAGAGAAUUCUGUACUUAUGUAAUAUGCAAUGAGUUGCUCCUGGUGUGGUUGGGUGUGCGGGGAACACUGUGGGCGAUCCCUUUUGGCAUCGCCUGGGGGUUUUGGAUUGUGCAAACUUCGAGUGCCCAUUGAUAUUUAUGAAUGUUUGUUUUGCA